CAUUUUUCUGUCUCUCUAGGGAAUGUAAUGGGAACUCUGGGCCUUGCAGUGGACCCUCAGGUCCACACAGUGUCACCCUUUUUCUUCACAGGAUGAAAUUCCUGGAUCCUCCCUUCUUCUCCAGGUUCGCCCAAAGGGAUGCACAGCAGCACACCUUCUCUUUGUGAAAGAGAAAAUCCACUGGGGGAAGAAACAGCAAAGCAAGAUCUUAAAAAUCUGUCUCAUCGCUCUACUUUUACCUUUAGCUAAAAAAAAAAUGGCAAAUGCUGGAGUUCAGCUGCUGGGUUUCACGCUGGCCUUCCUCGGCCUGAUUGGAACCAUCGCUUCAACCAUCCUGGUGGAGUGGAAAGCUUCGUCGCACGCGGGGGACAACAUCAUCACAGCCCAGGCUCUGUAUGAGGGUCUGUGGAAAACCUGUGCAUGGCAGAGCACCGGGCAGAUUCAGUGUAAAGUCUACGAUUCCCUCCUUCAGCUACCAGGGAUUGUUCAGGGAACUCGGGGACUCAUGUUGGUGUCCAUCUUGCUCUCCUUCAUCUCCAUGUUGGUGGCCGUAGUGGGAAUGAGAUGCACAACCUGUAUGGAAGGUCAACCCCAGCAGAAGGACAAAGUGGCGCUGGCUGGAGGCAUUCUCUUCAUCUUAGCUGGUCUGUUUGCUCUGGUUGGAACAUCCUGGUACGGCCACAGAGUAGCCCAGGACUUCUACAGCCCGUUUACCCCAACUAACUCCAGGUAUGAAUUUGGGACGGCCUUGUACGUUGGAUGGGGGUCGGCCUGUCUGUGCCUUAUAGGUGGGGGCUUCCUCUGCUGCAACUGUUCAGGGAAGAGCAGCUCUGGGAAAACCAUGCACUACACAUCAGCCGGCGCUGCAGGGGACCGGAACUACGUUUAGGAGGACAGGCUCUGUCCAGCGUUUAGUCAGAGCCUUUAAAAAGCAGGGAAUAUAAAGCUCUGUGUUAAUAAUCACCAGCAUGUUAUAUUUUUCAUCUCUUUCUCUAAAGAUAACUAACAUCCAGUGGCAGUUUGUAGUUCUUAAAGUGCGCAUAAAAACAUCUGGCAUCACUUUUUUAUUGUGUCCUUUUUUAGAGCUGAUGUAAAUGUGAUCAACUUUAUCAGGAAUUUGUUUUAUAUUGAUCUAUAUUGUUUUUAAUUUGUUAUUAAUAAUCCAAUUAAAGCUAAAUGAUAAUGUU